ACGGGUCUAAUAAGAAUUGCUGGAUUCUGAUUCUGAGAAGUUGAUCUACUUGUGGACCGCAGUGACCGAUGUGAAUAUUGUGUUUCGACCUGUGCUAUUCGUUGGUUACGCUGUGACAUCUUGCCUCGCCGAACGCUAAAUAAUUGUUUAGAAUUUGCGAGAUGACACGGUUGGGCUACCCGACCCUAGUGAUUUUCAAUGUUUACAAUUAUCGGGCGCUCGAGAGCCCAAUCUAAAUAUUCGUGCCGUUUCGCCCGUGGAAUUAUUGUUAUUGAAUUACUGCCGCCGCUGCACUUGUGUCUCUUUGGCAACUCGUUCAGCAGUCGGGCCCCAAUUCUAGUCCGCUAGCGGCCGUGUGCUGAUUGAUUGAGUAAACGAGCUUCAAAUGCCAGUAGUCGGGCUGCUGAAGUGACGGACAAGUUCAAGUUCACAGUCGACACGAAUUCUGGAGUGCCAUUAUCAAGAACGAAAGUGCGAUUGGAAUAAAACGGGACCCAAGUGAAAUGCAGUAAGAAAACAAAGUGGACGGUUCUGCGGACUGGUCGCCGUUCAGUGAGCAGGAAUAACUUCUAAAUACUCCAAGGCUGCCGUGAGGUAGUUCCAGUUGCCAAAUUUUGUUAUUUGCAACAAGACAAUAUCAGGUCUGCCAUAAAAUAUUGAAGGUUUCAAUCAAAAACCUCUAUAAAAAGCUUUAAAAGAAACAAACAUACGAACUUUGGUUUUAUUAUUGUUAAAAACUGUGUCUGGAUUGAAACAACUAUAUAUAGUGAUCUAACUUUCCUUUCCACAUAUUCAUUUAAAACGAAAAAGGCUGAUUGCAUCGACUGAUUUUUUGAACAAAAGAGUUAUAUUUUUCGUCUAAUAUAAAGUUAAUAAUUAGUUUAUAAUUGUAAAUACGUACCGCUACCAAAAUAUAUUUCCACAAAACAGUGAGAUGCAAUAUUAGGGUAGCAUAAAAAUGCAGUGCAUACAAAAAUCAAUGAAAGUUAUCAAAACUGAACCACCAACUGAGUGUGAUAUUGGAGAAUCAACAAUCAUGUCGCAUCGGAUUGAGAAACACUCAAAAAUGUAUAGCAGUGGUUCGUGCCCAGCACAAAAACACCAACUUCAAAAUUCAACUUUGUCGUCGUCUAACAUACAGCCUACACAAAAAAUCAUUCUAAGUCCUCGCAUGGAUUACAACAGUGGCUAUCAUCAAACAACGACUUCAAAGCAUCACUAUGUGACUCCUAACGAGCAUCGGCCGCGAUCUCCAACAGUCAUUAGUACCUCUUACCAUCAUCAUCAACCUCAUCAGCCGCCAGUACCAAAUACUCAACCAGCCCCACAAAUAAUAAUCACUCAAUCAACGGGUGGCACACCCGUUCGGGUAAUCAGAGAUGGUCGCUUCUAUGAAGAAUCUCAGCGAAUGUCUAACUCAGUAUCACCCACAUCAUCGCCGCCACCUCUGGCUCCUACCUCAUCGGGACACCAUGGUGCAAUUGGCCCUUUGAUUGUUGGUCACCCCAGUGCUUCUUCGGAGAAAUUUCUAGAGCAGCAUCCUCAGCAGGCUUCUUCUUCCACUUCCCUGCCAAGCAAUCGUAAAUUCAUCAUAUCGCGGCCAGUUAAUGUGAUUUCCAGAAAUAAACUGGACAGUUAUAGUGGCUCUACAAAUAAUGGUAACAAUAAUAACUCAGGACGUCUUAGCACCAGUAGUGUGGUAAAUAGUUCUGAUGGUUUCCGACCUCCGGUUGUAUCAAGCAGUGGCAAUAAUAUGUGCAGUAAUACACCUAUGCGACCACCACCGCCACCACCACCAAAAAUCAAAACUAUUCCAAAUAUGACGAAUUGUGGUGGAGGAUCUUCAGUAACCAGUAAUGAAGAGCCAUCGAGUUCGAUUCCGGAUCUAGAAUUCGAUGGUACAACAGUCUUAUGUCGGGUUUGUGGCGAUAAAGCAUCAGGUUUUCAUUAUGGAGUACAUUCUUGUGAAGGUUGCAAGGGUUUCUUUCGGCGAUCAAUUCAACAGAAGAUCCAAUAUCGCCCUUGCACCAAAAAUCAACAGUGCAGUAUAUUGCGAAUUAAUCGUAAUAGAUGUCAGUAUUGUCGGCUGAAGAAAUGCAUUGCAGUUGGAAUGAGCCGAGAUGCUGUUCGAUUCGGACGAGUGCCCAAACGGGAAAAAGCCCGGAUACUGGCUGCCAUGCAGCAAAGUACACAAAAUCGGGGUCAACAGCGAGCCCUCGCAACUGAAUUGGAUGAUCAGCCGCGCCUACUAGCAGCCGUGCUACGUGCCCACAUGGAUACAUGUGAAUUUACAAAAGAAAAAGUCUCAGCUAUGCGUCAAAGGGCACGAGAGUGCCCAUCAUAUUCAAUGCCAACACUAUUGGCAUGUCCGCUGAACCCCGCGCCGGAACUUCAAUCCGAGCAAGAGUUCUCACAACGAUUCGCUCAUGUCAUUCGUGGUGUGAUUGACUUCGCCGGAAUGAUCCCUGGAUUCCAGCUGUUGACGCAAGACGAUAAAUUCACAUUGUUGAAGGCAGGCUUGUUUGAUGCCCUUUUCGUUCGAUUGAUUUGCAUGUUUGAUCCGUCGAUAAACAGCAUAAUUUGCCUGAACGGACAAGUAAUGCGUCGGGACGCUAUACAGAAUGGAGCUAACGCUCGAUUUUUGGUUGACUCGACGUUUAACUUCGCUGAGCGUAUAAAUUCGAUGAAUUUGACCGACACUGAAAUUGGUUUGUUCUGUGCAAUUGUCUUGAUUACCCCGGAUCGGCCAGGAUUGAGGAAUAUUGAGCUGAUUGAGAAGAUGUACACGAGGCUGAAGGCUUGCUUGCAAACGGUCAUUGCACAAAAUCGGCCGGAUCAGCCGGAAUUCAUGUCUGAAUUACUGAAGACGUUACCUGACUUGAGAACGUUGAGCACCCUCCAUACCGAGAAGCUAGUAGUAUUCCGCACGGAGCAUAAGGAACUGCUGAGGCAGCAGAUGUGGACUGUCGAUGAUGAUCAGAUUUCGAAGAGUCCAGGCUCAAGUACGUGGGAAACAACGGUGGAAGAUGUGGCGAAGUCACCGCUUGGAUCGGUAUCAAGUACAGAAUCAGGCGAUCUGGACUACACGCAGACAUCACUUGCAUCGUCUGCUCCAUUACUUGCUGCUACGUUGUCUGGCACUUGUCCUUUGAGGCAUCGAGCCAAUUCUGGAUCUUCAGCCGAAGACAUUGACAUUGUUGGUUCUCAUGCGCAUUUGACGCAAAAUGGGCUGUCCAUCACGCCCGUUGCUCGAUCUCACCACUCACAUUCCCACUUGAACAGCGGCCGGUACCGCAAGCUGGAUUCCCCGACUGACUCGGGCAUCGAGAGCGGCAAUGAAAAGGCUGAAUCGACCAAGACUGUAAGUAGCGGCGGCGGAUCGUCUUGCUCAAGUCCACGAUCGACCGUUGAAGAUGUUCUGGACGACCAACAUCACCAGCACGCACAAAGCGGAUCGGGCGCCAGUGUUGUAGGAUCCAAGCGUCAAAUCGGCGAAGACAUGCCAGUAUUAAAGAGGGUGCUCCAAGCCCCACCACUAUAUGAUACCAACUCGCUUAUGGAUGAGGCUUACAAGCCCCAUAAGAAAUUCCGAGCGCUGAGACACCGAGAUUUUGAGACUGCUGAAGCUGAUACCCAUUUACCACGUCCCACCACUGCAACACCCCCCGUGACAAACAAUAGUUGUAGCGGCAGCUCAAGUAGCUCAUCGUCGCAACAGCAACCUCAACCCCAAAGCCAGCUGCAUAUGCACUUGACCAGGAAUACAAACUCCAGCAGCAACACCCAUUCGUCCCUGUCGAGCACCCAUUCGGUGUUGGCCAAAUCCUUGAUGGAAGAGCCACGAAUGACCCCAGAGCAGAUGAAGCGCAGCGACAUCAUCCAAAACUACAUCAUGCGGGAACAGCCUACGUCCGUCAAUGGUCUGCUCGUUUGCGCAUCCAGCUCACCCACUUCGUCCACAUCUUCCUCGUCAACGAACUUGAACAAUUGCUCGUCAUCCUCGACGACGACAAUAACGCUAUCAUCACCACCACUCCCACCUCCACAUGCGAUGCGAUGGCAGGGCCACAGUGUCAUUACCACCACAACGCUGCGCAAUCAAUCCGCUUCACCAGUCAACAAUGGCGUGAACAGCAGCAGUUAUUUCCAAUCGCCACAUUCGACGUCGAUUUCAUCGUCGCCCCGUGCAUCGCCAUUAUCCCGUGUGCAAUCGCCUCGCCUCAUUGAACUUCAAGUCGACAUUGCGGACUCACAGCAGCCGCUGAAUUUGUCAAAGAAGUCACCUACGCCACCACCGCCGCAGCACCAAAAGCUAUCGCAAACAAAGGUCGUGACGACUGCAAUCCAACGAUCUCCAUACCAUCAUCCAGUUGCCGCCGACAUUACAGUCACAACGGCGACAACGAAUUCCGCGACAGGUGCUCCAGUCCCUCCUCCGCAAGUGCACAAAGUUCUGCUGGAAGCGUAACAGCCGAAGCGACAGAAGCCACUGCAACAACAAAGUUCUAUGAAAGUUCAAAAGUUUUGGGAUGGCGUUGAGAUUUGGCGCGUUUAAUGCGUUUCUUACACUGGACAUGCAGUCGCCUCCCUUCUUAGUCAUAUUUUGUUGUUUCCUUCCAUUCGACAAAGAUAAAUCCAAAACAUGUGCGUUCUGUAGAGAGUCCGGCGCUAGAAAUUUACUUGUCCGUUUAUCGAUCGGGUCGCAGUCGCGGCUGCAAGCUCAGCCACGGCUGGAGGUCCGAAGUAGCCAGCGUCUCGGCCGAGUGACAGUCCUGAUCCGGCUGGAAAAGAAACAAACAUCAUCUACCGUUGUCCUUUCAUGUCCUUAGUUCAGCAACGUCUCAACCAAUUUUAGCAGAGAAUCAUUAUUCAUCAAGGAAUACAAUAUUAUUAAAAAGUUGUACAAAAACAUUCAAUUAAUUGAUAAAUUAUUUUAUAAUAUAAAUAAGAUUAGUGGCAGAACCUAUUAUAAAGAUUGCAUAAAACAUUGAGAAAAAACAACACAUUAAAGGUAAAGUUAAAGUAAUUAUGUUAGCUGUAAAAAGUACUACAUACAAAUAAGCGUAGGGAAGCAUCAUGGAGUUAUAUAUUUCUCAGAUCUAGACAGUUAGACUAACGCGUAAGUUGUACAUAGACAGAUACAAAAGCAACACACUAAGAGAAAUAUUUAAAAGAAAAACGUAAAGUACGGAGCAAAAAUAUAUAUAAAUUGGAUUGAAGUAGUGAAAAUGGAAAGAUCUCUUCCUUUUAAAUGUUUUAAACUAUAAAUUAUAAUUUAACAGCAAGCUAGCGUGAGACUUUUAUAAAAAGUGUCUAGAACGUUCGAGAGCCGCCUGCCACCCAGUGGGGCGAACAGAACGAUAUUUUCAAAGAAAUUUGGAAGUGCGAACAUGUUUUGAAUAAACGUUUAUUUUUAACGUUCAAUAUAUAUUAUAUUCUACUUUAUAUACAAUUUUACAUCCUAAGUAAGCGCUGUAAAUAUUUUUAACUCUAAAGUAAAACUCGGAUCGCGAGUAAGCAUACAUACACACAAUGAAAAUUGAGUCUUCAAACAAAAAUUCAAUCAAAUCAAAAUAAAGUUUCUAAAUAUACUUUAAAAUUGUUUUUUAUGAAAACACUCUAAGUUUUAUUUUAAUUUAAUUUAUUCAAAGUGUUUUUUAUUUUUAAACCGUAGAUUGUAUAAGUUUUGCGUGCGCAUUACUUCUAUGUAUACUUAAAGAAAUGUUAAACUUUUAAUUCCGUUUCUUGUUUUCCUUAGUCUAUGUUUUCUGUUCAUUCAAUAAAUCACAAUACAAAAUACAAAGUAGCAGCAA